ACCAAUAUUAAAAUCCUCAUCCCUUCCUCCCUAUAAAAUCCAAUCCCUUGCAUUCUCAGCUCGCAUACACCGUACUUCCAUCUAUAUCCUCUCUGUACGUCUUCUUUUUCUCCCUCUCCUUCCCUUUCAAAUUCAACCCAUCUUUCCUUCUCGUCUCAGCGAAAAAACCCAUCUUUCAUUUCCUUUUUCUAAUGGCAGAAACCCAUUCCAACAAGCGAGUCCGAGUCGACUCGGACGAGUCACACACCGAGUCGCCUGACUCAUCCGAAGCGAAGCGCUUCCGGGCAGACAUCCUCGAUAUUCUCGACGACGUUGACGCCUCCGGUGAUCGGGAUCCGGCCAUCGAAGAUCUUGCGACGGUCAUGAAGAGCCUUGAGGAAGAGAUAUCUUUGUCCCUGACAGCCCCACCACCGUUUCCGUUGUCCGAGUCGGACUCGUCCGAGUCGCAACCCGAUCUGGGUUACCUCCUUGAAGCCUCGGACGACGAACUAGGCCUUCCUCCCACGUCCUCCAGCGCGGAGAAUGACAAGGAGUCCGUUGAUGUCCUACGUGGCGAAACAGAGACCGCUGAAUUCGGUCAGAUUUGGGGUUUCGAGGAUGAGAUCCCGAGUUAUGAUGCGUUGGGAUUCGGGAUUUGUGCGGAGGGAGAGAAGAACGAGGACGAGCCUGUUUUUUUCGGUGGUCUUUUUGAUUAUCCGGACGUUGUAUCUGGGCCGUCUGAUUUUUCUGAGUUAUCGUGGCGGCCCGAAUCGUUACCGGCACUGUAGAAAGUAUCGGCCGAUACGACCUUUCGGUGCCGGUUUUGACUGUUUAUAUGAGUUUGUAAAGGAAAAGAACAGAAACUGAAAAAAAAAAAAUAGGUAGAAUGAAAUCAUCACCGUCAGAUCAAAAUCGUUUCUUUUAUUUUUUUAAUUAAUUUAUUAUCACCAAAAUGUCCUAGAAACGUCUUUACGAUUCA